AUGGGACUCGUAGUCUGCAGCGGGGGCUGUGGAAACCAGGUGACAUUGGGUUUCGGCCUCUAUAUCCCAGAGUGCCUUGCCCUCGGCCAUGAAGGAAAGGGAACAACCGUCAGCCUAUCCCUGCGAGGAGGUGUGAGACACAGGCAGCAGAACUGGCCGGCAAAGCAGGGGAAGGCAGAGAGGUCCCGAGAAACAUUUUCUGCCUAUUCGAUAGGCAGACAGACAGACGGCAGGACGGAUACACGGGUGGGGGCUGUGCUCGGCGGCUCGGCGGCAGGCUGGUGGAAGAUGUCGUCAGGGGCCGGUGGGAGAGGAGGAAGGCGGCUCCGGGGUAUAGCAAGCACUGCGGGCGGGGGGAGACGAGGAGGAGCAGGGGAGGCGGAGGAGGGUCCCGUGGGGAUCCCUUUCCCCGAACACAGCGCGGACGUCCUGGGCGGCCUGAACAAGCAGCGGCUCAGCGGGCUCCUUUGCGAUGUGCUCUUAGUCACCCAGGACCGGGAGUUCCCGGCCCACCGCUCCGUCCUUGCGUCCUGCAGCUCUUACUUUCACAAGCUCUUCACUUCAGGAGCCGCCGCCGACCAGCAGAACAUCUACAACAUCGACUUUGUGGCAGCAGAGGCUCUGGGAGCUUUGCUGGACUUUGCCUACACGGCGACGUUGACGGUCAGUCACAGCAGCGUGGCGGACAUCCUUGCUGCUGCUCGCCUCCUGGAAAUCUCUCCCGUCCAGGACGUCUGUACUCACCUGCUGGACACCAAAGUGCUCUCCUCGCCGGCGGGUAGUGAGCGGAGAGAUGAAGAGGGGAAAUGCAGAGGAGUCAAGGAGCAGGGGAACCGAAUUCGGGCCAGGGAGUACCUGGAGUACUUCCAGAGAGGGGCGCACUGGAGCAGCAGCUGCAGCACGCCAGAGCUCAGGGAACUGCCCACACACCUGCACUUUAACCAUGGUAACGGGAGCAUCCCCAGCAACGGGGCUCCUGCGGGUCCCAGUGAGUACUACUCCCCGCUGGCCCUAGCCUUGUCACAGCCCCAAGCGCAAGAACCAGAGGAGGAGGACGAGGAUGAAGAGGAAGACGAAGACAGGGAGGCAGUUCAGGGCAAUGGAGUGAACCCGGGGUCGUCAUACUACCCUCCAUCUCAGAACGGCCACUUCUACCUCCCCCCUGAGUCUCGGCAGGAGGCGGAGGUGGAGGACAGCUGCAGGGAGGCAAUGGUCAGGGAUAGGGGCUCGGCCAGCGCCCUCCUGCAACAAAUGAUGGACUCCAUCGAGAGGCAGAAGAAGCGUGCGGACGGGGAGGAGCAGGGAGAUGGGGACGAUCCUGACAUGGAAUUUUACUUGAAUUAUUUCAGCAGCACGCAGCACGAAGACGCAGCUUCCGCAUCACUCGUGCAUGGCGUGCCGCCGUCGCUGUGGAUGUCACGAGGCAGCGCGGGCCAACACACGGCGGGAGGAGAGAGAGCAGUGGAGGAGAGAGGGAACGGCACCGGAGGAGGUGGAGGAGAAAGAAAGAUGCGCUCUAAGGCCUUUCAGAAGUGCCCCAUAUGCUCGAAGGUCAUUCAAGGUGCAGGCAAGCUACCCCGCCAUAUCAGAACGCACACGGGAGAGAAACCCUAUGAAUGCGCCAUCUGCAAAGUGCGCUUUACCAGGCAGGACAAGCUCAAGGUUCACAUGCGAAAGCAUACAGGAGAGAAGCCUUACCUGUGUACACAAUGUGGAGCCGCCUUCGCUCACAACUACGACCUGAAGAACCACAUGCGCGUCCACACCGGUCUCCGUCCCUACCAGUGCUCAAGCUGCUUUAAGACUUUUGUGCGCUCGGACCACCUGCACCGCCACCUUAAGAAGGACGGCUGCAACGGCAUCCCCUCCCGCCGGGGCAGAAAACCUCGGGUGAGAGAACCGGGGCUCCUGGAGGCCCCGCCGAGCCUCCUGAGCCCUAGCCCCGAAACUGGGCCCCAGCCUCGCACCGCCAGGGGCCGGCGGCGCUCCGAGGCGUCCUCUGCAGCAGAGGUAGAGGGUGCUGUCGAGGUGCAUACACACAGUCCUCAGCUGCAGGAGCUAGCAGUGGAGACGGGACCCUGAGACUGCAGGAGGGAGGGGGGGGGACACAGGGAGGGGACCACAAGGACACUGCUGGACGCCACAGUCUCUCUGCACAGCCUGUGAGACAGGCCAGUGGACAGAGGAGAGAAUAAACAUGCUAAGGCAAUUUAAAAAGACAAAACAACUAACUAUUCCUCUAUAAACCAAAUCAGGGUGUCACAGAAAUUGAAUCUUUAUAUUUCUUUCUCCUUUUACUUUAGGAAAUGGAAUAGACUUGCAAGCACUUCAGUUGUUUUAUUUGUUAAAGAGAAAAGAACGCUUCUAAUCAUCCACCCAUGAUGUCCACUUUCUGGGCCAUUUCUUUCUUUGUCAUAUUAGACUCUUUUUUGUUUUGUUUUGUUUUUUUGUUUGUUUUUUUUACACCGGCAUAUGCAGCUAGGCAAGUAUAUGAUCGAGUUAAAGAAACUCCGAGCAACUAUGCAGUUGAUUUAAAUUUUUAUUGGUUUUGUCCUCACAGCCUUCAAGCUCUAAGAAAGGUGACUGUCACGCACCUUCUGGCUGCUGUACGAGUGAAGCGAGGACAAAUCCUCCCGGCAACAGCUCCUUUCUUUUUUAUACCUAUUUCUUUACAGCUCUGAGAUGUACAGUUACCAUAGAAACAAAAUUUCCACAAUAUGGUAUAUGCAAGGAAAACUCACCAACGUUUUGAUGCAAGAUUCUUUAUAUUUUUCAGUCUAUAAAUGUUCCAGAAAGAAUCAGGCGAGGGGUUGAUUGAAGUGUUACUUACUCUAAAAAAAAUAUAUAUAUACAUAUAUAUAUAUUUUUUUUUUAAAAAUUGUAAUUGGUGGUUUGUCUUAUUGAAAAGUUCAACUUGAGUCGGAUCCACUUUAAUGGGGGCUCGCCGCUUGCAGGGCGAGGGGAGUGCGAGGGGUGGAGGGUUUGUGUUUUCCAAGCACUACCGUUCUCAACGUAUCUGUUGGCUUUACUACAUUGCCUCUUGUCCCUCACAGCCCUGCUACGUCAGCGUUUCCUUUGCCCUUUUGAUAUUUGAUUGUCUUAAUUCUGUUUUUUGUUGUUGUUCUUUUGGGUACUCGACACUUUAUAAUUGUAUACGUGUGUAUAUAGCAGGCAGAGACAUGACAUUGGCCCCCUCUUGCAGAGGUGUACUUACCGAUUCUUUACUUUUUUUUUUUCCCUUUUAGGCUCGAUGUUAUAUUUCUCAGACACAGUUGAAGCUUUUGGGUGAAAGAAAUGAAGCUGUGUGAAUGUUCAAUGGCAAACACACACAAAAAAAAGAAAACAAACACAAAAAAAAAACAUUAAGUCACCUAUUUGUCCUAAACGUAAAACUUGACUUGUACAGUUCCUGCCCAGAGGAUUAGAGCGAUGAAUGAAUGAAUGAAUGAAUGAAUGAAUGAAUGAAUGUGCUUAACUUUGUGCAGUUUUUUCGGAGUCUGUCCUUGUGCGACAAGGCGCGGGUAGCACUUAACCGACCGCAGGUUAAAGGAAUGACAGGGAGCAAGAGAGACAAAGAGUACGAAGAAGACAUAUGUGAGCACCUUUCGAUAUAUAUAUAUAUAUUUUUAUUUUUUCUUUUCUACGUUUGCACAGCUUUACUAAAGAUAUCCAACAGAGUGGGAGAUAUUUAAAGGAAUCUGGGUUGUUGUUGGGGGGAGGGAGCAAGAGUGAGAUUAGAUGUAUGUAUCAUGCUUAUUCCAAUCCUUUUUGCCCCAGGGACCACACAACCGUAAGGCAACCUGUGUGAUGAAGAGAGCAAUAAAUACCUGUCCGAGUUGGGAGGCCAAAUAGGAGCACAGCUGCAGCUGGGCGGUGGGGGAGGGGAGUGAGGGAAGAGGAGUGGAGGAGAGUUUGGGGAGGGGGGGGGGGGAGAUCUCACAAUGUCUGUUGCAUUCCAAAAAAAUAAUCUCCCCCAGCUCAGCCACGUUUCCAGCCCGGGAGUGGAUCAGAGCGGGCCUUUUCUCUCCCUCUCUCUGCCUCUCCUCUAAUACCCCUAAACCAGCCUGGAGGAGAUAUUAUUAUUGUUAUUCUUAUUAUAUUAGAGCCUGGACGCCCGGUGCUGGACGAGCGUGUUUACAUGUACAUGUGUUUUAAAUGCGUGUGUGUGUGUGUGCGUUUGUAUGGGCGUGUGGCAGCCAGCCAGGGUCCCUCUGGCCACAUCAUCAGAGUGUGAGUCAGCCGCAGCCUGUUCAAACAUGCACCCUGAGCUGCCAGCGCCGCUGCACUUUCUCCGUGUGGUUCGCGCACACGCACCCGGGUCCAGGUGUCCCGCAGAGAGGAGAGGGACGCCACGGCCCACACUGUCCACUCUAAUGCUGUCAGUAACUGCCAGGCUUUGGUGAUUUCGCUUGGGUUAAAAGAUGCACGUUCAGAUUCCACGUGAUCCCCGCCCCUCCUCGCCCACUUUACACAGUCUGAGCAAAAAAAAUAAAAAGAGACAAAGUAAACACAUCCUCUUUCACUUCUACUGUUCUCGAAAUUAUUUGGUCCUUGCCACAUAUUACAGCCUCAGAUGAACAAUACCAGGGGAGAUGUUACGCUGUUUUAAAAAAAAACAAAAAAACAUAGACAUAUAUAUAUAUUGAAUGGGAAAAUGAACUUUGAAAUAUUGAACACUUUUAGCAGAACGGUGUGUUCAUUUGAUUUUGUGCAAAUUUAAAAAUUGUUUGUUGUUUAGCACCUUGAUUAUUUCAUCAUUCCUGGUGUGUUUGGAGUUGCUGUCAGUUCGUGCAAAAAUGAGCCAAAAUCAUGAGCCACCCACCGCCGUACUUAACAGUUAUGUUUAGUUUGUACUGUCCAACACCAUCGCGUUGGUCUCAUCUCUCAGAACGGGACUUGGUCCAGAAGUCUCGUUUGUUCAGAUGCAACUUGGGAAAGCUAAGCCAUAGUACCGUGUUGCUUUUAAAGAGGAUUUAUGCCUACAACCUUUGAAAACAAGCCAUGCUUAAUCAGCCCUUUUCUAGUUGGGCUGAUGUUUUAGUGCUCUUCUGCUAUUUCUUUCCAGUUUUAUUAAACCUGUCUUCAACGUCAACUCGCAGGAAUUUCCACGUUUUAGAAAACGGUUAUUUCUUUUGAGUAUUUUUGAUUAUUCCUGUUGUAAGUUACUCUUAUCACAUGUUCCCGAUUAAAUGGCAGCCACAGCGGUAUCUUUUAUUGGUGUUAAAACCGUUGUAAUGGUCCAGACCAAGUGAACUUUUAGAUCAUGUUUCCAGGGGCCAGUUAAUCAAAUGCCACACCUUUAAUUGCUUUCACACGCUUUUCGAUACGCUGUAAAAUCUCAUGACCUGUUGUUCAUCUGAGAUUGUUUUUAACUUAUUUAAAGAUACAGAAAGUCUAAAACACAAAACCGGAAGAGGGUGUUCUUACUAUUUGGAAAUUCUGUACAAGUGCUUGAUGUUGCACCUUGCUUGGAUUGAGGCUGGUCAUGGAGCACGUUCUUACAAGGCGAGUGGGAGCUUUUGUCAACAAAACGGGUACUUUGAAACAAAUGAGUCCCUCUUUUCUGUCCGUCAUGGUGAACUUGAAUUCUAGUCUUUUGGAGAGAUAUGAGAGUUUAGUUCCCACAGGAGACGCUGAGCUGGGGUCAGAUGAGGUUUUGUGAUCCAAAAGACUAUUCCAUGUAUCUGAAUGCACUUGAAGUUUGCUGUCGGUCAUUGUCUUUUUAUGUCUUAAUAUAAAAUAUGGAGGCAGAAGAAAGGGCACUUUGCGUGUGUGUGUGUGUACGUGUGUUUGGGUGUCCAUCCUUUAUUGCGUGUGUGUUUGUGCACACGCACAAGCUGGCAGGCGGGCUGGAGGGUCUCAGGAUAACUGUUAUAAACAAGCCUUUGCAUCGACCCCCAUCUGUUCUCAAACCUACACGUGCUUCUGUUUGGAUCCGCGCGGCGGGGACGAGUCCACGGUAGCACCGAAGCAGGAACGUUACACUGCUAAGCAACACGUUGGACAGCAGCUUGUUUAUCCCACGGCUCUCUGUGCGCAGGUUUUCAUAGCACUUGUUUACUCUUGUUGGUCGCCGUCAGGCAGGAGUUGUGAAAGUCUUAAGUUCCUUUUUUCCUUCUUCUUCUUCUUGUUUGACGCAUUUAACAGGGGUGUUCGUGAUUGUACACCAGCGCUCCCGAUUUUAAACCAUUGUAAGCUGGGUGAAGUCUGUCGUUAUUCGUCGUGGUACUUGGAAUGGACUGCUUACACCCUCUGUGUCUUAACGUGGCAGUUGUUGUUUUUGUGAGCCAUCUUAAUUGGACCUCUCUGGUAGAUUUUGUUGAUUGACCAAAGCUCUUUUUUUUUUUUUUUUGCCGUCCAUCUUAGUCAAAUGCAGACUCGAGAUAAUAAGUGUGAUUUUAUGCAGUCUGGACCUCCCUGACUAAGCCAUGGAUGCUCGUCAUCUUUCAGAUCAUUUUACUUGAGUUCACUUCCUCUCAUUCUUUGUAUGUUUGUGUAAAGAAAAAAAAUAGAAUCAAAAGUUUAAGGAUGUAUAGCGUCUUCUGUCUGUUUAUUUUUCUUAAAAUUAUGUGUUGUGCUACAGCUGGGGGUUUUUUUUCUAAAUAUUUUUACAUGGCGGUAUGUAUGUGUGUGUUUUGGGGUAAGGGUCAUGGUUUCGGGAUGCUGUGCCAGGAGGGUAGGGUAACUAAAAAAAAAAAGAAGGGUGCUUGUGGGUGGGGAUUAUGGAUAAAAAGCCUAAAAUAGCACUGGAAACGGUGCUUUAGCUGAGAGAGCAAAAGUUUGCACUAAUGUAAAACGUCCUCGUCCUGCUUAUAGGGAGAAGGACCCGAGACCUCAAAGGCCUGCGAGUGUCUAAGAGCACAGAGCAGAGUGGUCGAUACUCAAUGGUCUCUCAAAGAGUCCAUUCAAGCCCUCCUUAAAAAUAUAAUCAUGUACAGUAUGUUGAGAAAUAUACAGACUUCCAGGAGCAACAGAUACCAAAGCGGGAAAAAAAACAACAAAACAAAACAAUGGGUUUCAUUCUCGUCACUGGACAUUUUAAGCUACCGAUUUUAGAUUUUUAUUCCUUGAUCUGAAGGCUUUUGAUGAGAGGUUCUCAGAUGGAAGCAUAAUUUUCUUUUUAAGAUUACAAAAUCAUAAAGUACAACUUUAAGAUAAGCAGUAAAGCUUUUUUGAAGAACAAAAAAAUAAAAUAAAAUAACUUGAGAUGUUUAACUUGUUCCAAACCUGUUUAAGGCGACACAGAUCGCCACAUUUCUAUGUUUAUUCUGCUGAUUAUUAAUUAAUGCCUACCAAUACUCCCUUUUCUUUAAAGACUGUUUUUGACCUGUUGAGCUGAGUGACUUCAGUGUGUUAUCUGAGAAGGUUAAAGUGACUGUAAAUGAUCUGUGGCCUUGUCUGAGGAGCGUUAAGCUUGUUUUGUUUGUUUCCAGUCUAUUGUGGAGUGUGGGCCUGAGGCUGACUCUCACUGGGUGGGCUGGUCAGCACCGAGGGCCAAAGCGUGCCUUAAGGUUUGACAAAAAAAAAAAAAAAAGUUACAUUAUUUUGACUCAAAAUUAUUUUUACUACACGGUAAAUUGGCUCCCUACAGUGUGAAUUGACUUAAUCUUUAAUUGAGUAAUUUUAUGCAAACGUGUGUCAUUUUUUUUGUUGUUGCUUCUGUGCCCUGCACACCACCCGUGAGCUCGCAGCCUCAGCCCCAGACCAAGGUUACUUCAACGCAGGCUCCAGCCUCCAAAUUUCCAUGCAUUUUCUUUUUUUUUUUUUUUUUUCUUUUUUUUUCCCCACCUCAGACUUGACCUCGACAUGUAAUCUGUCUCGUGUUAUUAUUAAAGAUUCUUGCUAAAUCUAUCCAAGAAGGCCACUAAACAAAGACUAAGAGAUAACUAUAACUGUAAAUAUUCCAACAAAGCAGGACGUGCUGACUGUUAUUAUGGCCUGUAAUGACUGUGGAAAGGGUAGCUUUGCUUUGUCAUUUUGCUGCACCUAUUUUUUUUUGUUUGUUUGUUUUUUUUUUUUUAUCUUUCUUCAUCAGGCUGUUGGUGCUCAGCAAGCCUGAGCGCAGCAUAUGCAGUACGGCUCCGUGCUCAGCGUGGCUCUGGCGCUCGCACAGACAGCCCUGGAUCCUUCAGAGGCACAGUUCUGUCUGAUGGCCAGCCUCUCAGCCAAGCGGACACAGUUUGCACUUGGAGUCUUUGUCAGUCUCUGGGGGACACAAAGGUUAGCACACGGGGAGGAUUAAACAUGGCCGGUUGGGCAAGGCUGAGUGUUAUUUUCUGUUUCGGAAGCCCAAGUGAUGAGCACUAGAGUCGGUUUCGCCAAACUAGCCCGGCCGCAUCAGUGCUGAAGAGGUUGUUGUAGAUUUGGGAAAACACAGCCAAGAGACUGUUGCUGAUCUCUUCUGUCUUUAUGUACGUACUACUCAGGUGGAAAAUUCACUGCUAUGCAUUGGGUUUCAUUAUCUGCUCAGUUUAUGGUUCGUCAUUGUGACCAUUCCCAGACUUUUCCUGUAGAACUCCUUUCAAAAUUUUACAUCACAGCUUCCCCAAAAAGGAUUUCCUCACUGGAGUGAACUGUGUGUCCCUCCAACUAAUACUGAUUUUUAUUUUUUUUUUUAUCUUUAGUGGGUAAGGGGUUCACUUCCCAUCUGAUCAGAGAUCUCACACACAAAGAGGGUAAAAAGCGAGCUAUGGACAAUUCGAGACCCGUUUGUCUCCUCAGACCAAAUUCAGGAUGCAUUCCAUGAUUUCAUACUGUGAGAAUCAAGCGAGUCCGAGACGACGAAAGGAAAUGUUUGACAUUUGGCUGCGUCUUGUCUGGCCUCGCCAUCCUGGGACGGACAUUUCAGUUGUAACGCUCAGAAGUCCCCCUUCCUACUUUCCCCUCAACUCCCCUUUGCAGUGUAGCACUAACUUUCUGACUGCCUUUUUUUCAGCUUCUGCGAUUGUAACAAAAGCACUUUGCGAGAGUUCACCUUGAAUUUUAUGUUUGUUCGAUUUUUAUUUUUUUUUUCCCG